CCAAUUAAACACGAGUUCCUUGGUUUGACCAAUGAAAACAAGCCAUCAGACGCUUCCCUGUCUCUCUGAUAAUUAGCAUAGACCAGUCAAUAAAUCCCUCUGUCUCGCUCUUUCUCAUCAUUGUCUCGUGAGGUUUUGAUCUCCAGCAGCAUCAUGCCUGAACCAGCGAAGUCUGCGCCGAAGAAAGGCUCCAAGAAGGCCGUCACUAAGACCGCCGCGAAAGGCGGAAAGAAGCGCAGGAAGUCCAGGAAGGAGAGUUACGCCAUCUACGUGUACAAAGUGCUGAAGCAGGUUCAUCCUGACACCGGGAUCUCUUCGAAGGCGAUGGGCAUCAUGAACUCUUUCGUCAACGACAUCUUUGAGCGCAUCGCCGGUGAGUCGUCUCGUCUCGCUCACUACAACAAGCGCUCCACUAUCACUUCCCGAGAGAUCCAGACCGCCGUGCGUCUGCUGCUGCCCGGGGAGCUGGCCAAACACGCCGUGUCUGAGGGCACCAAGGCCGUCACCAAGUACACCAGCUCCAAGUAGAGCUCCGCUGCAGCUCCACACACAAAGGCUCUUUUAAGAGCCGCCAUAUUCUCGGUUAAAGAGUCUUAAUCUGUUGAGAAUCUUGAUUAAUAUAUCUCUUGGUUUGUGCUCUGUGGGUUUGAUAUUAGUGAUGGAAAACUAGAUCUUGUUCUUUCCGCGAACCGUUACUUUCGGACAAUUCGACUUAAUAAAACGGUUCACCGGUUCUUUUACGCUCGACGUGAUGUAAUCGCGUCAAGUCUAUCAAAUAUAUAAAAUCAGUAAUUAUAGCUUAGUUAAAAAUUUCAGAAUCAUGAAAAGUCUACAAUUAAGUUUUGCAAACAACGCACCCAAAUACAGUAACCGCAAUAAUGUGCAUAAGAAGACUUUAGUCUUGAAUAUAUGAAAUAAAUUAGGAAAACCAUGAUCCACUAGAUUACACUCAUCUAUUCCGACGUAUUUGUUAUUAAAUUAAUUCACCUUACGCCAGAUUGCCCUUGAUUCAUACUUCGGUUUACCUGGGCUCCAAUAUUAGCACAGAAUCAGUUCGGUUCAGACGCUGUCAGCCUCAUCUUCAGAAACACAGACACAGCCAAUGAUAACAUCAGACUGAUGGCUGUCAAAGCCAAACUGGGUCUCCUCGAUGUGAGUAAGUUAUGUGAGAAACACUUGAGUUGAGAUAUGUAGACUAACUAACGUUAGCUAGCUAUGAUUUCAGUACUUGCGAUGGUCCGCCGAUUACAACAGGAAAAUGCUGCACAGUGCUGGCAUCUUAGCUUACUGCUACACAACGAAACUGGGAGUACGACCGGUUCAAGAUGGCGGCCGCAAAUCUCAUCGCCCAGCGGCCAAUAGGGCGUCUACCUAUUGAGAAUGAGAAGUUGUCGUCAUAGCACAAAGCCCCUCCCUCGAUAUCACGGUCUCCGCCAUGUUGGCAUCAGAAUGAGCUUUAUUGCCAGGUAUGUUUACGCAUACGAGGAAUUUGUUUUCGUGACAGAAGCUCCGCAGUAAAACAGAAUGACAGCGACAGCGAAGGAUACCGGCGGCGAAACAGGAUUGUUUAAAUGUGUUGUUAAGAGGAGGUUCUCGCAGUUCUGCACUGUUUUACCAUGCCUGGAAGUUACUGCUGAGUUAAAAACUGCUCCAGUACCUCUCACGAUACAUAUGGAAAACAUAGGAACAAUGAAAUACAGUUUUUUACACCAAGCGCAAAACAGCGGUAUUUGGAGAAGCUCUCAAGCGGCACAGAGACUUGGACCAUUUACCUCCACGCACACAUAUGGACAUUGGGAAUUAUAUUGUUUUUGGUUUAAGUUACUACACAAUGCAGGAGUUUAAAAGCCACAAGUCUUUGGAAAGUUACGAGGCUUUCUGCUGCAGCUGUGCGUCUCUUCAGACGACAUCUUCAUGUUCAGUUGUAUUUCUUCAACAAUCAUAUCUUGCUGUUAAAUUUCCACUUAUCAAGCUGUUUAACACUGAAGGGGGGGGUGGAGAGUCCAUUUAAUGCUAUGGUCCUGUAGUUACUGUAGUUACACACACACAUACACACACACAGAGAGAGAGAGACACACACACAGAGAGAGAGACAGAGCGAGAGAGAGACAACCUAAACUAAAUUCAAGUAAUAAUCAUAUAAAUAAAGAGCAUCUUAAGGUUUUUAUUUGUAUUUUUUUAUUAAAUAAUGUUAAUGAAAGGUGAUGGUUAGGGUUAGCAAUCUACGGUUAAUACUUUACUUUGGUUAACAAUCAAUACUUAGUUCAGAUUGAUUGUCUUUAUGUAGGUUUUUUAUUUUAUUUUAUUGUAUUUUUUUUUUUUUUUUUUUUUUUGGCUAGUGAUUUAGUGUUUCGUCUAAAUCACAAAUUGCAUCAUGACGUUAUUGUAGAUGUCAUAUAGAUACUUAAUCAAACAGAUCAUCUCAGAAGCCUUGUCAAUAUUAAAAACAAACGGAAGUGCAGUAGUUUACAGGUUAGAGUCGCCCUCUGCCGCCAGCUGAGCCUCAUUACAACUCAGAGGUGUUUCUAGACGUUAUACAAACAAGGCCUUUCCGAAUAACAACACUUAAAUUAAAAUGAACUGAAUGGGUGCCGUCAGGAUGUCCAAAAUAAUAAAGAGCUGAUAAAACAUCACAAUAAUCCACAGCACUCCA